UUUGGGGGGUCAAGGCAGGUGGGUCACGAGGUCAAGACAUCAAGAUCAUCCUGGCCAACAUGGUGAAACCCCGUCUCUACUAAAAAUACAAAAAUUAGCUGGGUGUGGUGGUACACACCCAUAGUCCUAGCUACUGUGGAGACUGAGGCAGGUGAAUCGCUUGAACCCAGGAGGCAGAGUUUGCAGUGAACCAAAAUCACACGACUGCACUCCAGGUUGGUGACAGAGUGAGACUCUGUCUCAAAAUCAAAACACUUGAUUAGGAUCACAGGUUAUUAUAAGACAGUACCAAAAUGGCAAAGGAUUUUAAAGGCAAAUACAGAAAAGUUACAUAGUUGAAAAAAAACCUUUUAACAUUGAGAAUACUCUAUUUUCUUAAUUAAAAGAUCUAAUAAAAGACAACAUGGGCAAUACAAAAUAACUUCUACAACUAAUUCAUUAUGUUCAUAAACUUUGUUACUGAGUGGCUUUAAUAAAAUUCAGAUAUUCAGAAAAUACCCUCCAACAGGUACAUUCUCAGCCUCUGGAGUAAGUGAUGGAAUUUAAGUAUAAAGCAUUGUUCAGAGGUUAAUGAAACUCUUUCACGGCAUACUCAUCUACUUACCAUUCAGAACUCUGUCAUGUAGCUCAAACAUACUCAUCUACUUGUCAUGAAGAACUCUGUCAUGUAGCUCAAACAUUAGAACUAAAAACGUUAGUUGUUUCAGUUGCAGCACCCUACUUACAAAUAGAAAUUUUUCCCUCCUGAGAGACAUAAGCGUAUCAUGUGGUGAGCAUAUAUGCUCUUUUUUGGCUAGGCAGUAUAUAUUUUCCUUUCUUUUAAUUAGUGCUAUUAAUAAUUUGAACUUCUCCCCCGCUUCCUUUCUCUUCCAUCGUGGUGUGUGCUUGACUCCGCUUCUCGCCAUGACUUCUCACAAGACUUUCAGGAUUAAGCAAUUCCUGGCCAAGAAACAAAAGCAAAAUCGUCCCAGUCCCCAGUGGAUUUGGAUGAAAACUGGUAGUAAAAUCAGGUACAACUCCAAAAGGAGACAUUGGAGAAGAACUAAGCUGGGCCUAGAAGGAAUUGCACAUGAGGUGGCACACAUAUUUAUGCGGUCUGAAGGUCACAAUCACAUUACUAUAUCAAGCUGAAAAUGUUCCCACUAUCUGGAGAGUUGGACAUGUUUUACUGGGAAUAUAUUUUUUCUCUCUGAAUCUGUUAUGAACGCAUUUGUUGGCUUGGGUCAGUAAUAAAUAUGUGAGACCUUUCAUUU